AUGUUUAAUUUAAUUGCAGUGAGUAAUAUACCAGAACCAGAAUUUUUAGAAGAAAUUGGAAACACAACUGUACCAGCAGGACGCAACAUCAAAUUAGCUUGCAGUGUCAAAGACCUUGGUACAUAUAAGGUGGCGUGGAUGCUGUUUGACAAGAGUGCCAUAUUAACUGUACAUAAUCAUGUAAUUACAAGGAAUCCACGAAUAUCUGUCACUCAUGACAAGCAUAGAACGUGGUAUUUACAUAUUAACAACGUUCACGAAGAUGAUAAAGGAAAAUAUAUGUGUCAAAUUAAUACAGCAACAGCAAAAACUCAAUACGGUUUUUUAGAUGUAGUCGUGCCUCCAAAUAUAGAUGACUCACAAAGUUCUUCAGACGCUAUAGUAAGAGAAAACGCUAAUGUUACGCUUACAUGUAAGGCUUCUGGUAGUCCCACUCCAACGAUUCGAUGGAAACGGGAUGAUAAUGAAAAAAUAGUCAUCAAUAAAACGCUGGAAGUUUUAGAGUGGGAAGGUGAAACACUGGAAAUGACGCGAAUUUCAAGACUUGGUAUGGGAUCGUACUUGUGUAUCGCUAGCAAUGGAGUACCACCCACUGUUAGUAAGCAGAUCAAAGUAUCAGUUGAUUUCUCUCCAAUGCUCUCAAUACCACAUCAACUAGUAGGUGCACCACUUGGUUAUUUAGUUAUUCUUGAAUGCUGCACAGAAGCUCAUCCUACUUCACUAAACUACUGGACACGAGGUGACGAAGGGAGAAUGAUCCACGAAAGUCGAAAGUAUAAAAUAACAUCAUCUGCAGACAAACCUAUCUAUAGAACUCAUAUGACACUCACUAUUUUUGAUCUUGAGGUAAUUUAUAUUUUUACGUUAAUAUACAAAAAAGUACAAAUCAUAAAUGAUAAUACUAAUUUUCUAACAAAUCCCGUGAGCAAUGCUAUUCUCAGGAGGCCAUCAUACAUGAUGUUCCAUAGCAGAGGA